AUGAUACUUAGUAAUACCUUAGUCUGCAAAACCCAUUAUGAGAUAAUCGGAGUCGAGGAAGAUGCCAGCCAAGAAGAAAUUCGUAAGAUCUACCGAAUUGCCCUUCUCAACUCUCACCCAGAUAAACUGCAGAAAUCUUCCGAACCACACGAGAGGAAUAAUCACUUCUUAGAGGUGCAGAAGGCCUGGGAAGUCCUUAGCAACCCUGAAUCCCGAGCCCUUUACGACGAUGAACUGAGAAAAUCGAGACUCGAUGUCAUGAAUGCCGAUGAUGUCAGCUUGAAUGACAUGGUUGUUGAAGAUUUUGGCGGCUGUUUUGAACUAUUGUAUAAUUGCAGGUGUGGGGAUUUCUUCUCUAUUGAUUCGUCUGAGCUGGAGGAAAUGGGCUAUCCUUUUACGAACAACGGUGGUGGUGAAAUUUCUCUAUUACGGGCAAACUCAUCUUUACCGGCAUCCGUUAUUCUUCCUUGUGGUUCAUGCUCGCUUAAAAUCCGUUUAAUCAUCGAUGAUGAUGUUAAACUCACGACCAAGUUGAGCUAA